CCCAAAAGUAUUCUUCCACCUCUCCCUUCUAUAUAAAUGCAUACAAAUGAAUUACUCUUAUCAUCCACUCAUCGGCAAAUUAAGAAAAAGAGAACAUUAAGAUGGCGUCUUCUAAAGCAUCUUACAUGCUUGUCUCUCUCCUUCUCGUUCUUGUGCUUGCCGAUAUGGAUAAAGCCCUGGGUGAACAAAUUCAGCUCCGCAACAGCAAAUUUAUAUCGUUACUUAAGCCGCCCGUAGAAAAAGCCCUUUCUAAGAUUUUUGGGGCUAGAGAGAAGGAGCUGGCGAAAUAUUUUAAAAAAGUCCAGGACGCGGCGGGCGCUAUACCUCCACCCCCUCCAUCGCCGGCAUGCAAACCUAAGGACGAUGAAUGUAAGGGAAAAGUGAUCAAACUGAACAAACAGAACCUGAGCAAACAGAUCAAUGACUUGUUGAAGAAGUUAUGCAAACCUAAUGGCAACGUAUGUAACAGAAAGAAUAAACUACUGAUCGAGGACUUAUUGAAGAAGGCAUGCAAACCUAAUAAUGAAGUCGUAUGUAAGAUAAAUUUUAUCAAACGUAUCAAUGACUUCUUGAAGAAGGCAAAAUCCCCUCCAUCGCCUUGAAGGUUUUCCAAAGCCAAAAACAAAUGAUUCCACAAAUUUCUUGAUGAAAAAAUAUUUUCACAAGUUGUCACCAUAAAUGUACUUCUGAAAAUUUCUUGCAAAAUAAAAGAUAUUAUGCCACAUGGAAUGAUGGUAUGAUAUGAUAUGUUGUUAUAAGUUUUAAGCUAUUGUAAAACUGUGUUAUUUUAAUUUUCUUAUAAAUUAUAUAAUCCCUAUGCAUC